AUGUCCGACAGAGGCUCUGCAGAGCCAGUACAACUCGCUGCAACGCACGGAUCGCAAUCGAAAAAGAUAUCAGAGGGCGAGGCGGACCUAUAUCUGGACCAGUACAACUUCACGACGACGGCUGCCAUCGUGGGCUCCGUCGACCGCAAGAUCUUUGUGCUGCUUCGAGACGGAAGAAUGCUCUUCGGAGUGCUGAGAACCUUUGACCAGUACGCGAACCUGAUUUUGCAGCACUGCGUGGAGAGAAUAUACCUUACAGAGGCGAACCAGUAUGCCGAAGAGACGCGCGGCCUGUUCAUGGUGCGUGGCGAGAACGUCGUGAUGCUUGGCGAAGUGGAUAUAGACAAAGAGGACCAACCGCUCGAGUCGAUGGAGCGGAUACGCUUUUCCGACGCGGCAAGGACGAAGACCCACAGCGAUGAGACAAGAUUCAAGAGGGAGACCGCCAAGGGCAAGCAAUUGGCCCGCUACGGGCUGCUAUACGACUUCCACAAGUCAGACAUGUAUUAG